AUGAACGAUCGAAUGAAUGACUAGGGGUGUUGGGGGCGGGGAGCAUAAAAAAUACGAAGCAAUGUGGCUGAGUGAGGAGGGAGUCUACACGCAUUGCACAAUCCGUCCGGAUGACCCGGUGCGUAUAGGCGGGAACGGCAAGAUGUGGUGCCGGCACACUCUUCCGAGGUUCAUGGGGGUGCGAGACACAAGGGAAACGAGCCACCGAGAUCUGAGUCGAAAUUUCAAAUCGCAGUCCUUCAGGAGGAAAACACCUGGUGAGGAGGAGUGCAAGAUGAUGAGUCGUCCCUCAUACAGAAGGAUCUCACGGUAAAUGCAUCAGAGCAUAGACGCAAGGGUUAAUACACACCACCUACCUGU